CCUAGUACUAAUAUUUUUUUACAAUUUAACCUAAAAAUAAGUAAUAGACGUGGCAGAGAUUUAGCCUCCUUUUAUCCUCGACCAAAACCAGCUGCACUGAAACGACGCCGUACCGAGCUCCUCCGCCAUGGCAACCGAGAAUCCUGACCAUAACAUCUCCCUUUACUACCAGACACGCGCCGCCCAUCACGGCGUCGUGACGAGCGACUGGCUGGAUCAGGCGAAAGCUGCCGCCGGCGGCCACCCCGACGACGCCGUCGCGAAGAAUUCGACUGCUGCCGAGGAUGUCGGCGAGGUGUUCAGCGUGGUGGAUGAGUUCAAUAAUUGGCGGAAACUUCCGGAGUUGGCGGAGGCUGUUGCCGCAAUUAGGUCGUUGGCUUCGGUUAUUCGAUCGAGUGAGGCUACUACCAUGAUGGAGCUCGAAAUUGAGCUCAAGAAAGCCGCUGAUUCACUGAAAGCAUGGGACACUACUUCUAUCUCUCUCACAGCUGGUUGUGAUCUGUUCAUGCGGUAUGUGACAAGAACAUCUGCUUUGGAAUAUGAUAACUUCGACUCUGCAAAAUCUAGACUUCUAGAACGAGCUGAGAAGUUUGGGGAGAUAUCUUCUAAUGCUCGGAAAAGAAUUGCAAUGCUUGGUCAGGAUUUCAUUUUUGAUGGUUGUACCAUUUUGGUGCAUGGAUUCUCACGUGUUGUGCUGGAGGUUUUGACAGCAGCUGCUCAAAAUAAAAAACUAUUUCGAGUAUUCUGCACCGAGGGGAGGCCAGACAGGACGGGGCUAAGGUUGUCCAAUGAGCUCGCUAAGCUUGAUGUUCCGGUCAAGCUGUUGAUAGACUCCGCUGUCGCAUACAGCAUGGAUGAAGUAGACAUGGUGCUCGUUGGAGCGGAUGGGGUGGUUGAGAGCGGAGGCAUAAUAAACAUGAUGGGCACAUACCAAAUCGCUUUGGUUGCUAUAAGUAGGAACAAACCAGUUUAUGUUGCUGCUGAAAGUUACAAGUUUGCUCGUCUCUACCCGUUGGAUCAAAAAGACAUGGUGCCCGCCUUACGGCCUAUAGAUUUUGGGGUUCCGAUUCCAUCCAAGGUUGAGGUUGAGACAUCAGCUCGGGACUAUACGCCACCACAGUAUCUUACCUUGCUGUUCACUGAUCUAGGCGUUCUAACGCCAUCUGUGGUCAGCGAUGAGCUCAUCCAACUCUACUUGUAACAAGGUUAGGUCUAAUUUUUCCGCCAUUGAUGUACUGAUUACAUGAUUAAACAUUUGACUUAUUAGGCACUGUCCACUUGAUAUUCUCUUAACUUGCGUUAUUCGGUAAGGGUGCGUUUAUUUCGGUUGUAAAAUUUUCAUUAGAAAAUAAUGGAUGAAAAAAUAUGAGAAAA